AUGACCGCAUUUGGGAGGGCAGGUACGAACCACAAGACAGACCAAAAGAACCUGGCGACAUGCGCCCAAUUCAGAUUGUUUAGGCAUCUAUUAUCGAGUCCCAUGUACACGAGGGAGGAGCAGAUGCGAGCAAACAUGCUCGAAACUGCCAUGCUCGCAAUCGCGGUGCAUACGCACAAAGGCAAAGUAGUCGGGGAAAGGAACACAGAGCUGCUCACUGCAGAGCGAAGGGGGAAUCAUCCUAUUGGAGCUGACGCUGGAAACAACACCUCCCUCCUCGGUGACACAAGGAAAACAACCAGACUUACGAACGCCACUCUCCCAAACCGUGAUUUGUUUGUUCACAACAGGAUGCCGCCAUCAGUGCCCGAGGAUAGACGCAUUAGGAAGAGCCCCCGUCCUGUCAUAAAAUCAUCAACACCAGCCCCCAAGUCCCACACACCCGGCAGGGGGAUAGAGAAAAGUACACAACCCAAACCGUCCAAAACAUCCGCAGAACGCGCCAGACGCAAGACGGGGGAAGGACCUAUCAAAGGACCACCGCAUGGAAAGAGCGAGAGAAAGAACUGUGCUCCAUAA